AUGGAACAAGUCAUUCAAGAGAUUUCAAAUGACGUUCCGACGUUCCCAUCCCUAUUACAUGAUGAACAGCAAUGGCUUCAAUAUCAUAUCCCAUCAAUUGAACAUCCCUUCGGAUUAGAACUAUGGCCCAUUUUCUCCAAAUGCUUCCAAUACUUCGCAGGUUAUCCCGCUGAGAAUUUUGAAUUCAUUCACAAUAAGACACUAUUAGCAAGUGGAUAUGAAUCCCUUGGAUUAAUUAUGGCAUAUUACAUAGUCAUAUUUACGGGACAAUUCGUAUUGCAUAAAUUCCACUCAUCUCCUAAAAAAUUGACUUUAUUAUUCCAAUUCCAUAAUUUACUCUUAACAAUAAUUUCAUUCAUUUUAUUCUCUCUAUUAGUGGAACAACUAAUACCAAUGAUUUAUCACAACGGUAUAUUUUGGGCCAUAUGUUCCAAAGAGGCUUUUGCCCCCAAAUUAAUUACACUAUACUAUUUGAACUAUCUAACCAAGUUUUUGGAACUAUUAGAUACUGUCUUCCUAGUAUUGAAAAGGAAAAAAUUAAUAUUCCUACAUGUGUAUCAUCAUGGUUUAACGGCAUUAUUAUGUUAUACACAACUAAUGGGCCACACAUCAGUUGAAUGGGUCCCCAUAGUAUUAAACCUAGGUGUACAUGUUCUAAUGUAUUGGUAUUAUUUCUUAAGUUCAUGUAAUAUUACCGUAUCAUGGAAACAAUGGGUAACAAGGUUACAAAUUAUUCAAUUCUUAAUUGACCUGGUGUUCGUUUAUUUCGCUACAUAUACCUUUUAUGCUCACAAAUAUUUUAAGAAUUAUUUACCUCAUAUGGGACCAUGUUAUGGUGGCGAGAAAGCUGCCGCAUUUGGAUAUUUGAUAUUGACUUCUUAUUUAAUCUUAUUCAUUUCGUUUUAUAUUAAUUCCUAUAAGAAAAAGAAGAAAACGAAGAAAAUUAAUUCAAAAAAACAAAAAUCAACUAUUGAUAAUUCCAAAUCUACUAGUGCGAAAAGUAAUACAACUAAAGUAUCUUCAAGAAAGAUAUAA